GCUCAGGUCCUUAGAAAAUCUGCACACAGCACGACACUGAAGGUUUUUUUACUCUCUCGUGAUCAUAACUUAUCUACGAUGUCCUCCAAUGUAUUCUAUUCUAAAGUUGAAAAAUGCACUUGAAAGCAAAGGGCGGACAUCAUGCGUUCUGAAGCGUCAGGCACUCGUUGUCCGCGCGCUGCAGAAGUUGAUCGUGGAAGACUUCUGCGGCUCUCGUGCUUCUGCUUCGCUGACCAUACUACGAUCUGCAAACAGACGGCUUUCUAGAGCUGAGGCUGGCACCUACAACGUCAUCACAGAGCAAGUUAAGUAGUUUUUGCUAAACCUCGUCCCGGAGCCGGCGCUACAAGUCUGUCUCGGAGCGUGAUCGUGAAGCGACAACGACAUAAAGGCGUGCUGUAUUAUCCACACUGACCACCACCUAGAGGAACCAACACGUCGACGCCAUGCAACCAGCACCGUCGGCCCCCGAGGGCGGCGUAACUGCCACUAUGUCCAGCUCCUCCACCAGAAACCCCGUCUUCGUCGAGGCGGCGCCCGCGAACAGCGACACAUCGUCUCAGGCGGUGCAGCAGUUUUUUCGCGAAAACAAGUACAUUCGGCAGCUGGGGGUGGUGAUGCUGGCCAACGGGUUGGACAUCAUGAUAAACUACCCUACCUGGAUCCUGUCCAAGCGGAUGUCGGCCGGUCUGGGCGUGCCGCGCGGCGUGGCCGAGCUCUACCGCGGGGGGCUGAGUUUUUUCUGCGCGGGCGUCGGAACCUUGUACGUGGAAGAUUUCGUGCACAACAGCCUCGCCAGAAUGCGUGCGCAAAGGGGUACUAGCUCCAGCUCGAUAUCUUCAGAGAAAAAGAACGAAGGCGAUAGCCAGCGGCCCACUACUGUAACCUCCACGUCGCGAGAGCCAUCAUCUGCAACCGGGACGACAAUCGGUUCUGUUUUCAAGCGCUCUUUGUCGUCGCAAGCGGCGGACGAAGAGGAUGUUGAAUCGGGCGGCGCUAGUACAGCUGGUACUAACCUAAAAAUGCACAAGAAGAAUUCGGAGCUCGCUUUCCCGGGCGGUGACCUGUCCGAGGAAGAGUUUGAAGAGUCGGUCGCGAUUGCGCGGAAAAUUGCGCCCGUCGGCCCGCGCUACAGCUACCACAUUCCGCGCGCGGCUUUUGCGCGGCUGAAGGAGCAGGAGUCAGAGGAGGAGCUGGAGAAGCGUAUCCGGGAUUUGCGGCGACAGACCAGAAACGCGAAGAAGGCGGACUCUGAGGAUCCGGACGCAGACACUUACUUAAGUGCAGGAGGAAGGCAAUCUUUGCGAGGUGGUGUUACUGCUGGAGCCGCAGGAGCUACACCCACAGAAGGUCUUUCAUCGGAAACAGGUUAUAAUUUCCAGAGCCGGUUCCUGCCAACUGGAUGGAACGCCACAUUCCCUACGAUGACAACCAGUGACUUGUUGGAAACGGUCUCGAAUCCGACCGCGUCAGCCCUUUUGUCCGGAAUGAUGGGCUAUCAAUUGCAAAAGUGUCUGGGUCUGGAAAGAUGCAAGGUUUGUCAUGCUUGGCUAGCAUAACUCUUAAGUUUGUCAUGGGCGUGACCCAAGUCUCCCACUUUUCUCUCAUGCAGAAGCUCACUUUGUCAUGCAGAAUAGACAAGACUGUAGCAACUCCAAAACUUGUCAUGCUUGGCAGUCAACUGAGGUUUUCUUGUCUUUCCCAACCAGCAUCACAAGUUUCCAGACCCAAACACUUUUGCAUUUGAUAUGGGCGGCUUGAUGGUCGGCACGUGGGCGGAAACCUUCAUCACCAAGUUGCACAUGGAGAGUGAAAAGGUCAAUGUCAAGAAGGAGAACUUUCGUCGCGUAGUGGACGUCAUGGGCGUGACGCCUUCGGAGCGGGAUAAAAACCUCGUCGGGCUGGAUAGGGUGCAGGAACAUGAAGGAAUGAUAAAGCAGGGCGGAAAUAGUAAUUCAAGUUCUAGUACUACGACAAGUAGCGGAACUACAUCAAGUGGGCAACAGAACGCUGUUGUUGACAACAAAAAAUCUACCACGUCUGCGGGUAGUGGUGGCACAGCAGGCACUGGCACGUCCGCGUCCUCUUCCACAAGUACUACUUCCGGCUCAGGUUCUCGUACAGGAGCUCCGGCAGCAGCAACAUCUCCCCAGCAACCCCCUCCUAGCGCAACACCACUACAGGCUUCUCCCAGCGCCUCAACAAGCUCCUCCAGUAGUACUAGCACGACCUCUAGUACAACAAAUAGCAAAACCCAGCAGACCCGUUCGUUCUCCGGCUCUGCGAAACAUAACGACCCCAAAAAUCCUGAAAUGACAUCAAAGACCGCAAACAAUAACUCAAUUCCUCAAGCAUCAAAACCUGCCGACCUCCCCAGGAAAAACGCCCACACCGCGCUUCGAUCGGAAGCCGAUGCGCUCCGGUCCAUGCUGGGAUCGGACGACGCGGCCGAGUACAGAAAACUGAAAAUCCGCCACAGGGCAAGGAAUCUGCAAAAUAAAAUGGGCAACAGUAAUGCAGCUAAUGCAGGCAAAACGAUGAACCCCCUUCCGGCUAUAAACAACGCCACCGCGCCAUUUUCCUCGCAACUGCUGAAGAACCACGUGCAGCGAAAACACAGCGUCUCGUCCGCCGUGCUGUCUGAAGUUUCGCCGGCGUUUCUGUCCCGCACAGUCCUGGACGAGAUGUCGUCUGCCAUGGUGAACCACGAUGUGGCCAAAGCGAAAAAAACCGAGUUCGAGCAGAAGAUGGCGGAGGCCAAGGAGGUCCGCGACAGCCGGCUGCGACGCGAGGUAAAGCCCGUGUACCAGCGGGCGCUGCGGUCGACGUUCUUGGACAAAAUUCCGCCGUACGGCACCUCCAUGAUCAUGAUGCGCGAGGCCACGUACACGGUGAGUCUCUUCUAUUUGAUCGCCAAGAUGGAGUCGAUUUUUUUCGAGCGGUUCCCGAAGCCGGAAAGGUACGUGCCGACCAUGCAAAUGGCAAAGGAGUGGUUUACGGGGAAGGUUGUAGCGGCGGGAGAGGGUGGAGCGUCUUCUAGUGCUGGUGGCGCAGAGUCAAGGAAAACUACCUCAACAUCAUCCACGUCUUCAAGUAGCUCAAGUACAAUACAGCACAACGACGCGUCAAAACGACCAGCCGCAGAGCAGCAGUCGCAAAACUUUCUUCUUCGGGCAUUAAGCCGCUCCAGUGAGGAGCUAGAGACUGGUCUUCGUGGGGGCAACGGCAGCGCUUGCCCGACACCGAACACGGAGGACGCCCACGCCGUGGAUGCCGCCGCGUUUCCGACUGUUUCUCGCGGUCCGUUGGGGAGUUUGGGCUCCGUCGGCCAGAUUCCCGCGGCCAAGUGGGAAGCGCCGGAAAAUGUUGUUGUAGCUGGGGAUAAAAAUGAGUCCGAUAAUUCUAGUGGUUUCUUUUCCUCAACUGCAAAGCUGCCGAAAAAGAUGAAGAGCGUGAUAUCUAUCAACGAGAUGGAAACCGAGGAUCGCUACGCCGGGGUGUUUUCCGAAGCGCGCAACAAGUACAUCAAAGACGAUGGUGGUAACUCGAAGACCUACAUGCUCCUCCGGGAACGGUCGAUGCAGCUGGUCCGGGCGGCGGAGGAAGACUUUCAGCGAGAGAAGACGAGCGUGAAGUCGUCCGAAUUGAGCCCCGAGGAAUACAAGCAGCUGGCGUACUACAACUUCAAGAAGGAGGCUUUUGUCGUGCUCAGUUCGUCCGCCGUGUUCACCCUGUUUUCCACGGGCCCCAUGGUUGUGGCGUCGCAGCAACAGGUAUCCAGGAAAAAACACCAAUGAAUCCCCAUCCAUUUUUUGCAUGACAAACACUGCAGCUGAUGCAUAUUUUGCAUUACAAAUUGGAUGGGGAUGGGUGUUUCUGUUUCUUCCUGGAUAACAGGCCUACAGCACCCCGCUCGUCGAAACCGCGGCGCGUAUCUGGCGGCUGGAGGGUCCCUAUGAGAAUGCACAAGUCCUCCACCCCCUCCCCCUCAUUGGUAAUGCAAAGUACCCAAUUCACCUUUUGCCUCUUCGCACUGUUUGCAUGACAAGUGCCUUAUAAGUACUCCAGUGCAAAUUUGUCAUGCAAAACCGGCAUUCUUGCUGAUGCAUGUAUUGCCGUUCAUGCUAUACAAAUGAGGGGGAGGGGGAGUUGUGCACUGUUAUAGCCCCCGGGGGUUUCUCAAGGGCCUGCUGCCAAGGUGGGCCACAUUGACCGGGAGUAUUUUGGUGGUGAGUAACGUCAUCAACUUCUUUGACGAAGAUCACGUGGAUGAGGACGGAGCAACAUGA